CCCCACAGUCGUGUUAGGUAUACUUAUAGGCUUAUACUGAUAGGCUUAUAGGCUUAAACAACUUUAAAUCUAUAGAAACGGCAAGCUAUCUAUCGUGUUGCCAUGAAAUGUCGAAGAGGCGCACCAAUGAACAGUCCUCCUAAAAAAACCAACCCAUCUUCUCCGGUUUAAUCCACCUUAAGCCGUUUCUUCCCGCACUGAAGCCAUUCAGGAUCGUACAGUAUAUCCACUCUCUCGAUCUAACGGUACAUUAUAAGUCACUAAAGUAGGUAAAUAACCUGUAAGUAAUGAUAUGAUAGACACAUUACAUAGUAGAGGGGCAGAACGUCUAGUUUCUAACGCCGAAAACCUAUCCCCGUUUCCGUUGGUAUCCUCUGCGUUUAUAGCUUCGCCAACUCCUCGUGUUGUUAAACCGAAAGAUGGAGGAGUUGUCCGCAAGGCCCUUUUUAAACCUUCAAACCUCGGUGUCCACUAGCCCGCAAAGCCGCAUAUUAAAACCUCUUAAAAUUUAUAUUGUCAUUAUCUAGACGAUAUUACCCCGCUAACACUGCGUUACGGUUUUUAUAACAUUUACUACCAAGUAGAGAGCAGCCGAGAGCAGCCGAGAGCAGUCGAGAGCAAUAAUGGCAACCCUUGACGGAAAAGUAUUCGCAAUUACUGGUGGUGCUAGCGGAAUCGGGUUUGCAACGGCACAGAUAAUAUCUAAACGCGGCGGGAUUGUUUGCCUAGCCGAUAUUGACCCGGCAGCCAUAAGCAACGCAGAAGAAUACUUUGCCAACAAAAAUGCACCUUUCACUGUUACUAAGGUAGAUGUUUCUAAUCGGGACGAGGUUGAAUCUUGGAUCGACGGCAUCGUCCAGAAAUACGACAGACUUGACGGCGCCGCCAACGUCGCGGGUAUAAUCGGCAAACAUCAUGGCAUACGAGAGGUUGCUGAUCUCGACGACGACGAGUGGCACAAGAUAAUCGCAGUUAACCUUACGGGGACUAUGUAUUGCUUAAGAGCUGAGCUCCGGAAAAUCGUUGAUGGUGGUUCUAUUGUGAAUGUUUCCUCUAUUCACGGGCUUCAAGGGUUUGCCAAACAUGGAGCGUAUGCUGCCAGCAAGCAUGGUGUCAUAGGUCUGACAAAAGCUGCUGCCAAAGAAAAUGGAGUCCGGCAAGUGCGUGUCAACGCAGUGGCCCCGGGAGCCAUAUUUACUCCGCUGAUGGAGAAGAACUGGAAACUCCACAAUCGACCAUCCGAUGCACCUUUUGAUGAUGGGGCAGCUUUCGGAAGACAGGGCACGGCAGAGGAAUGUGGCCACGUCAUUGCUUUCCUUUUGGGCCCCGACUCCAAGUACGUGAGCGGGAGUGUAUAUUCUAUAGACGGCGCGAUGUAGCUCGGAAGCAUAAGUAACUCCAUUAGAAGACAUCCUCAGGCUGAACAUCGUGAUUCCUCCCAUCCUCUCGAAUGUGUUUUAGUGUCUUAUCUCGGGACAUGGGCUUACGCAUGUCGUAGGCGUCUUCACCGUGAGCGGUGGGGUCGUUGACAUUAUCACCAUAGUAAUCUUUGACCACACGAUAUACGCUGUAACCCAUACUCUCGUAAAAGUUGAUAGCUCUCGUGUUGCUUUUCCUUACGAACAGAUCAACGAACCAAGAGUCUCCAGCUUCUGCAGCAACUUCGAGGUUUUCGGUGAGAAUCUUUCCAAUGCCAAGACGGCGAGCUUCAGGGGCUACCGUGAGGGCAGUGAUAUGUGCGUGCCAUGGUAGGUAAUGCUCAGAAUACUGGAAGUAGUCUGGAGAGCUUUCCAACUUGCCCAUGA